UGCAUACAUGUGAGCAAGGAGGAAAAACAGCAAUGCUUGCCAGGAUAUGAAAAAUGUUUGCAUGCAUUUAAGAACUAUUUGAAUAAUGACUGUCAGUAUUUAAACAUUUGCAUGUUUUCAGGAACUUUCCGAAGAAUAAACAAUGGGAAAGGUAACUUACCAUUAGAAAGCAGAGAAAAUGUGGAACCAGUUAGACCACCUUCACUUCAUAGACAACAAAGUGACAAUGUUCAACAAAAGACUGAGAAAAGACGGGAUAAAAAUGUUGCAAGUGGCGCAAAAACAACACGAGAUGCGCAUUCAGUAAACAAAAAGCUAAAAAGUGAAAUCAAACACGUGAAAUCUAAAAUAAAAGAACUGGAUUCAACUGUGUCGGAAUUGGCACAAAUGUUGAGAAUUCUGAAUCGAAAACUCGACAUGCAGAAUCUCGAUAUGAGAAAAAUUGUUGAUAGUUUAGAACAAAAGCAACAACAGAAUAAAAGAUCUUCUCAGCAAGAGUAUGACCGACAAAAAAAGCAGAUUGAAGCGGUUGAAAACCGGUUGUUAAAAACAUCAACGGUUAAAAACCGGUUGUCAAAAUCACCAAUGGUUGAGAACCAGUUGUCAAAAUCAACAAAACAAAAUGAACAACAAGUUCAAAGACCAUUUAAGCAACAAUACGACACAAUAACUCGUCGUAAAAUAUACACAGGUGACUGGGACUGCGAUGAACUCUUGUGUUAUACAGAUGAUGAUGAUGUCAUAGAAGACAACCCUGUAGGUUGGAACACCAGUGACAGAGCAUAUAAAACACUUCCUCCCGGCUUAAGAUUAGCUAAAUCAACUAUUCCUAAUGCAGGGACGGGAGUCUUCUCCGAUGUUUUCAUCCCCAAGGGAACAUAUUUUGGCCCAUAUGACGGUGAUGUGGUAUACAGAUCAUUUCAGCAAUACAAUAAAGGAGAAUAUGUUUUUACUAUCUACAAACUUGGGAAAAGAUUAUUUGGCCGAGAUGCUGGUCCUAUAGAAAUGUCUAACUGGACAAGGUUCCUAAAUUGUCCCAGAGACUUUUUGGAGUUGAAUGUUGAGCCAAUGCAAUGUAGAGAACAUGUAUACUUCAGAACCAUCCGAGAUGUAAAACCAGGAAGAGAACUUUUAUUUUUCUAUGGAAGGAAUUACGCCAAAUACAAAUUGGGGAUUAGAGAAGAAGCAUUCUGCAAAGGUUAUAAUGCCUCACAAGAAGACCCAAUCAUAUCCGAGUAUAUAUCAGAGCAUAUAUGCUGA